AGCUUCCUUCCCACUCUCACCAUGGCCAAGGGCUUCUACAUUUCUAAGUCCUUGGGCAUCCUGUGCAUCUUCCUGGGUGUGGCAGCUGUGUGCACCAUCAUCGCACUUUCCACAGUGUACUCCCAGGAGAAGAACAGGAAUGCCAAGAGUGAGAGUGCCGCAGUGGCCCCCACCAACCCCACCACCACCACGGCCACCACUUUGGACCAAAGCAAACCUUGGAACCAGUACCGCCUACCCAAGACGCUGAUUCCCGACUCCUACCAGGUGACGCUGAGGCCCUACCUCACCCCCAAUGACAAUGGCCUGUACAUCUUCAAGGGCACAAGCACGGUCCGGUUCACCUGCAAGGAGGCCACUGACGUCAUCAUCAUCCACAGCAAAAGCCUCAACUACACCAUCCAGCAGGAGCACAGGGUGGUUCUACGAGGUGUGGGGGGCUCCCAGCCACCUGACAUCGACAGGACCGAGCUGGUAGAGACCACCGAGUACCUGGUGGUGCACCUCAGGGGCUCCCUGGUGGAGAACAGCCAGUAUGAGAUGGACAGCGAGUUUGAGGGCGAGCUGGCCGACGACCUGGCGGGCUUCUACCGAAGCGAGUACACAGAGGACGGCGUCAAAAAGGUGUUGGCCACGACACAGAUGCAGGCUGCAGACGCCCGGAAAUCUUUCCCAUGCUUUGAUGAGCCGGCCAUGAAGGCUGAGUUUAACAUCACAAUCAUCCACCCCAAGGACCUCACAGUUCUGUCCAACAUGCUUCCUAAAGGUCCCAGCACCCCGCUUGCAGAAGAUCCCGACUGGAACAUCACCGAGUUCCACACCACGCCCAAGAUGUCCACAUACCUGCUGGCCUACAUCGUCAGCGAGUUUGAUCAUAUAGAGUCGCAGGCACCCAAUGGUGUCAUGAUCCGGAUCUGGGCUCGGCCCAAUGCAAUUGCAGAGGGCCACGGUGAGUACGCCCUGAACAUCACAGGCCCCAUCCUAAACUUCUUUGCCGACCAUUAUGACACACCCUACCCACUCGAAAAAUCUGACCAGAUCGGGCUGCCUGACUUCAAUGCCGGUGCCAUGGAGAACUGGGGGCUGGUGACCUACCGGGAGAACGCCCUGCUAUAUGACCCAAACUCCUCCUCCAUUGGCAACAAGGAGCGGGUGGUCACUGUGGUUGCUCACGAGCUGGCCCACCAGUGGUUUGGGAACCUGGUGACUGUGGACUGGUGGAACGACCUGUGGCUGAAUGAGGGCUUCGCCUCCUAUGUGGAGUACCUGGGUGCUGACUAUGCAGAGCCCACCUGGAAUCUGAAAGACCUCAUUGUGCUGAAUGACGUGUACAGCGUGAUGGCUAUGGACGCUCUGGCCUCCUCCCACCCCCUGUCCACCCCUGCCGAGGAGAUCAACACGCCAGCCGAGAUCAGUGAGCUGUUUGACUCCAUCACCUACAGCAAGGGUGCCUCGGUCCUCAGGAUGCUCUCCAGCUUCCUGACUGAGAACCUGUUCAAGAAGGGCCUGGCGUCCUACCUCCACACCUUUGCCUACCAGAACACUGUCUACCUGGACCUGUGGGAGCACCUACAGGAGGCUGUGGAGAGUCAGACGGAGGUCCAGCUCCCCGACACUGUGCAAAACAUCAUGGACCGCUGGAUCUUGCAGAUGGGCUUCCCAGUCAUCACCAUAAAUACUGCAACGGGGGACAUCUCCCAGGAGCACUUCCUCCUUGACCCCGAUGCCAAUGUUACCCGUCCUUCAGAGUUCAACUACCUGUGGAUUGUGCACAUCUCGUCUAUCAGAAAUGGCAUACAGCAGAAGGACUACUGGCUGGAGGAUGUCAAGGCCGCUGACUUGCUGUUCAGAACAGAAGCCAAUGAGUGGGUCCUGCUGAACCUCAAUGUGACGGGCUAUUACCACGUGAACUACGAUGAAGACAACUGGAGGAAGAUUCAGACUCAGCUGCAGACUGACCCGUUGGUCAUCCCUGUCAUCAAUCGGGCACAGGUUAUCUACGAUGCCUUCAACCUGGCCAGUGCUCAAAAGGUCCCUGUCACUCUGGCGCUGAACAACACCCUCUUCUUGAUCCAAGAGACGGAAUACAUGCCCUGGCAGGCCGCCCUGAGCAGCCUGAGCUACUUCGAGCUCAUGUUCGACCGCUCUGAGGUCUACGGCCCCAUGAAGAAUUACUUGAAGAAGCAGGUCACACCCCUCUACAAUUACUUUAAAAAUCUCACCGAGGACUGGGGCCUCCGCCCAGAAACCCUGAUGGACCAGUACAACGAAGUUAAUGCCAUCAGCACCGCCUGCUCCAAUGGGCUUCACGAGUGUGAGACAAUGGUCUCUGAACUUUUCAAGCAGUGGAUGGCAAACCCUGAUGAUAACCCAAUCCACCCCAACUUGCGGUCCACUGUCUACUGCAACGCCAUCUCCCUGGGCGGUGAGGAAGAGUGGGACUUUGCCUGGGACCAGUUCCAAAAAGCCACACUGGUGAAUGAGGCUGACAAACUCCGAGUAGCCCUGGCCUGUAGCAGGGAGGUGUGGAUCCUGAACAGGUACCUGAGCUACACCCUGAACUCCGACCUCAUCCGGAAACAGGACGCCACCUCUACCAUCAACAGUAUCGCCGACAAUGUCAUCGGACAAUCUCUGGUCUGGGACUUUGUCCAGAGCAACUGGAAGAAGCUCUUUGAGGAUUAUGGCGGUGGCUCGUUCUCCUUCUCCAGCCUCAUCCAGAGAGUGACCCAACGAUUCUCCACUGAGUAUGAGCUACAGCAGCUGGAGCAGUUCAAGGAGAACAACAUGGAAACAGGCUUUGGCUCAGGCACCCGGGCUCUGGAGCAAGCCCUGGAGAAGACGAAAGCCAACAUCAAGUGGGUAAAGGAGAACAAGGAGUCAGUGCUGAGGUGGUUCACAGAAAACAGCCAAUAG